CGAGAAGCAGCGCAAACUAAUAGCGCAUUUAUGAGAAGAAACACUGCAGUGCAGAUCAAACACAGGAUUCAAACUCUCUUUAUCUCAAGAGUCACAUAAACAAGACGCAAAGCUGACAGACAUUCAAUUUAAUCUUCUGUGAUGUCUGAAUGAUGAUGUUUAUUCAGCAGGAGGUGAUGAAGGGACCGCUGCUGCUGAUGUGUCAGGCUCUCCUCUGUUCGGCUGUCUCAGGUCUGUUCACAGUGGAUGUAGAGCAGAAGUCGUACGAGUCGGAGCUACACGGUGACGUCAAACUUGUCUGCUUGUUCUCACAAGUCAAAAGUCUGUCUGACCUCUUGGUUAUAUGGCACAGAAUUGAACCUCUGCCUGAAAUAAAUGUCUAUCGAUAUGAGAGAGGCAAAGAAAAGCAGAACUACACCAACGUUGUGUUCGGAGAUCGAGCUCAGCUUAUCCACGAGCAGCUGAGUCAAAGUCGAGCUGUAUUACACCUGAAAAAGCUCAGGAUUAAAGAUUCGGGCACAUAUCAGUGUGUGGUGAAAUAUCAGCAAGAUGAUGUCGACUACAAACACAUCACGCUCAGUGUUACAGCGCUUAAUACUCCAAUAAAGAAAAGUGUGAGAAAAACAGAAGUUGAAGAUGAGGUGGAAUUGUCCUGCGAGUUUGCGGGAUACCCGCUGGCAGAGGUUCUCUGGAGCGAUGGACAAACCGUAAACCUCACAGAGAAAUCCAGCAAAAGGACACGCGUCACAGAUGAAGAUCUCAUCAACAUCACCAGCAGAUUGACGGUGAGACGAGACCUGGUGAGAAACUACACCUGCUCGUUUCUCACCGAGGGGAAAGUCAGACAGACGACCACCUUCAUUAUCCCACAUGAAAUUCCUGCCAGUUCUUCUCAUCAUUAUGUUUGGAUCGGAUCUGUUAUAGUGGUCUUACUGGUCAUCAUCUUCAUCUCCAUCAUUUACCACAAAAGAAAAAACGGCCAGAAAGACAAAAGAAGUAAAUCAUCGAAAUGUCCACCUCCGUUCCCACAAACCGCUGCAAACAAUGACUGUUUACUGACAAUAUAUGAGAAUACACCACAUCCAUGUGACAUCACACGGGAAGAGCAUGCGGAAAAACUUCAGACUCUUAGAGACGCCCUGAUACAGCGAUAUUCACAACCCAUCACAGAUACAGAAAUGAACACCAGAUUGAUGUCAUACUGCAGUAAUGUGCUGCCACACGUGCUUCACCUCAGGGAAGGCCAGGCUGUGAACGUCAGCUCUAUUUUUCCUGAUAAAAGACAAACAAUUCUCUUGCUGGGAAAACCAGGAAGCGGAAAAACCACCACAGCCCAAAUUCUGUCAUCGUGCUGGGCACAGAGUCUCACUAUAGACCCCUGGAACAUCAAAGACCUCCAGCUGGUUGUUUCUGUAAACUGCCGAGGAACUAAUGGGGAUUUUUUCCAGUUGGUCAAAUCCAACAUUCCCAACGAAACACCAUUAGAUGUGUCUGACAUCAGAGAGACGCUACUGGGUUCAACAGACUGUUUAGUGAUCCUGGAUGGAUAUAAGGAGGGAAACAGAGACUUGGACGAAACACUCGGGAUGUUUCUAAAGGAGCGUCAGACGUGCAGGAUUUUAGUGAUGUCACAUCCGGGAGAAUGUCCGAGUCUGGAGAACAAAGUUGGGACGGUAUUGAAUCUUAUCCACAAAUCAGAUGACAAGUCUGAAACAUGAACUUCAGUUGAUGGAGAAAUAGAAACAUUUUAUUGCAGGAAAGACAUCAUCCAGGAAGAUUCAGAUUCCUGUACUUAAUCUUAAGGAUCGAUCUUAAACUCUUACAGCGCUCUUUUCUAUGAAAUUGUGGUAUGAACUGAGAUAAACUGUAUAUCUGGCUGCAGUCAAAGUCAUUUCACAAUGUUGUUUGUUUUGUAUUCCCAGUAGAGGAUAAUAAUGUGAUAAUUCAUUAUUGCGAUACAAAGUACUUCUUAUGGGAGUAACACAGUUUUGGUUUUACUGUUACAGGAAAAAGCAUGUUGUAGCUACUCGUAAAUGAUUUUAUUGGCAACAGCCUGCUGUUAUGCAAACCGUCUAUAACAAAAGAUCAGUUUUGUAGUUUUUGUUUGUUUAAAAACUAAAUGUACUUGUUUUAUUAAAAUGUUAUUUUUGAUAAUC